AUGUCUUCAACAAGACCCAGAGCCACUUUGCUGCGCGCACCAGUGCUUCCGGAGCAAACAACUCCGGAACAAAGGUACUGGAGAGCUUAUGGUGCUACUCAGCUCGUGAAAGAACACAAUAGUGUCACUAGCAUCGCCUUCAACCCCCAGCAGCCCAACGACUUCGCUAUUGCGGCGUCUACAAGAGUGCAGCUGUUUUCUUCGCGUACCAGACAGGUCAUCAAAACCUUUUCCAGGUUCAAAGACGUCGUUUACGCGGCGAACUUCAGACCAGACGGAAAACUUUUGGCCAUGGGUGAUGCAACGGGGCUGGUGUCUGUCUACGACUCCUACAACCCUCGGACGCAACUCUUAUCGAUACGUGCAUCCUCACACCCUACCCAUGUUGCUAAAUUUCAUUCCACAGAUCCUAAAUCCUUAGUGACCGCAAGUGAUGACCGUGUGGUCCGCGUUUGGGAUAUAUCCCAGGCCCAGCAGCCGCUUACUGAGUUGACUGGUGCUACAGACUAUGUUCGUAGUAUAUGCAUGGUGCCUCAGGCUCCACAUUUGGUCGUCACAGGUUCUUACGACGGUUUUGUGCGUCUCUACGACACUCGAGUGGGCUCCAAUUCUAAACCAACGACCCUUGCUCAAGGCCUGCCAGUGGACGAUGUCGUCGCAGUAUCUCCAACACAAUUGGUGUCAUGUGGCGGUCCUAGCUUUAAAGUGUGGGAUUUGACUGCACAAAGACAACUUUUAGAGCGGACCAAUUUCGCCAAAACCGUUACCUGUCUUAACCACGUUUCACUUCAUUCUGACUCCCCUAUGGACUCAACGCUUGUCGCGUCUUCUUUAGAUGGUCACGUCAAGAUAUUUGAUCCCCUGGAUGGGUACAAGGUGAAGUUUGGUUGGAAGUUUUCUGCUCCAGUUUUGAGCUGUGCUGUCUCGCCUGGCGAUGCUCAAGGAAAUAGACACUUGGUUGCGGGUCUUUCUUCUGGUCUGUUAGCCAUAAGAACUAAGAAAAAAUCUGACGGAGCUAAUAAGGUUCCAAUUGAAAAGGUCGCAAAGAGCAACAACUUUCAAAGGAUGAUGAGAGGCUCCGAAUAUGCUGGUGAUCAAGAACACAUAAUUCAUAAUGAUAAAACCCGUCCGCAACGGAAACUGAGGGCCUUCGAACGUCAUAUGAACCAAUUCAAAUGGGCGGAAGCUCUUGAUGCUGCUUUCCUUUCAGGUAUGGCUAGGGAAUUGACACUUACCGCUUUGCAUGAACUACGUAAAAGAGGCAAAAUUAGAGUUGCACUUUUAGGAAGAGACGAAUCGUCGCUUGAACCUCUGUUGAACUGGUGCCUAAAAGGUAUUGAAGAUGUCAGAAGUGCAACAGUUGUUGCUGACUGGAUUGCAGUUGUGCUCGAACUUUACAGUGAUUUGAUCGCACGCUCGUCGGUCUUGGAAGAGAUGAUCGUGGCGCUCAAAGACAAAGUCAAACAGGAAGUGCACAGGGCGGAGGAAGCUCAAAAAAUAGAAGGGAUGUUGCAGCUUCUCGUAAGUUGA